UCUGUGAUUGAGAGUGGUAACGAUAAGUUGCAAUUGAUUAACGUAGAUCGCACGGAUUCUGCUGUCUGUUAAUAAACGCGCGUAAAAUAAAACUUUUUUUUAAAUAAUAAAGCGCGUUUAUUUGAUUGAAAAAAAAACUAAAACUACAGACAGGUGUAUGUGUGUGCUAACAAAAGCUUAAAGUUGAAGCAUUAAAAGAGAGAAAGAAAAUUCGAAUAAAAGAGCAAUAAUGAAGAUCUUUCAUUAAAAAAAAACAAAGUUCAAAACAAGUGAUCAGUAGUUCAGAGUUGAAACAAAGAGUCCGCAAUAAAAUCGAAAAUAAAGCUAGAAAUAAAUAAUAAAUUAAAACAGCUGUUUGGUGGUGUUGGAUCGUGUGUAAAGAGUUGCUGUCAAAAUUGUGUAAAACUAAUUUUGAUGAUGUCACUGCUACUGAUGCACGAAUUGGAUGUUUUAUACGGAAAUUGGAAACGAUGUCUACGAAAAAGUUUUGAAACUGAUGAAAAAUAUGAAGGCCUUAAAAGAUCUUGUACAUCCGGUAAAAAAGGAAUUUCGUCGUGAGAAAUGUGGUUUUGAACACACACCGCCAAAUGAUUUUGUUAAAUCCCAAUGGCAAAAUCGUACCAAAAGUAUUGUAUAUUUAAUAUAUCGUUGGUUUUUGGCAUUAUUCUUCACUGCUGUUGUCAUUGAGUCAAUGAUAGAUCCAGAUCCAGAUGAGAAUCCAAAUUUUUGGUUAUAUUUUAUAUACAUGACAAAUUGGGGCAUCAUGCUGUGCAUGAUUACAAAUGUUUACGCUGCGAUACUGGUAACAAUUUGGCAUUUUCAUCCAGAAUAUGCGGACAAACUUUUAAAUCUGGAAUCAUUAAAAAGUCCUUUUCGCAUUUACUGGGCUAUGCAUAUAACAACAUUGGUGGUAUCAAUUGUGAUAACAAUUAUCUAUUGGAGUAUUUUAUAUGAUGCAAACGAAAGUACUUUGAGUGCUACAAACAUUUUAACACACGCCUUCAAUUCGAUUUGUAUGUUUAUCGAUCUGUUGAUUGUUGCUCAUCCUUUAAGACUUUUACAUAUGUUUCUGCCAGUUUGUUUUGGUCUAUUCUAUGCUUUCUUCUCUGUCAUUUAUCAAUUAUGUGGAGGUCAUAACAGAAAGGGAAAGCCUUACAUUUAUCAUGUGAUUGAUUGGAAUAAACCUGUUAAUUCUACGUUAACUGUGGUGGGUGUUAUACUGCUCUGCUGUUGUGUUUACAUGGCCUUAUUUACGAUUUACAAAUUAAGGACACUACUCUAUCGACGUCUCAACAAUGCCACCUUUAUCUUACCCACCACAGCACCACCACCGAUUACCAAAAAACACAUUGGCACCGGCAUCAAACACACAUCGCCGGGCAUUUCUAUGGUAUUGGGCAAUUUUGAGGGCCAUACAAAUCCUGCUUUUUCAAAGAGUUCUGAAAAUAUUACCAAAAAUUCACUUUAGAUAAUGAACUUUAGAAAAGCGUUUUUUAUAGGUAUUUUAUAGCUUUCUAUAUAAAAUUAGUUAUAAAAUUUAGUCAAAUCAGAUCUAUUUGGGGAAUGGGGGAUAAUUCAGCUGCUUGAAGAACUGUAUUAAAAAUUCCCAAAAUAGAUCUAUUCAUAUUUGCAUCUGUAUAUAUGUAUAUGUAUUUAAUAGCUUAAUUAAUAAGUAUUUUUUCGAAUUUUUUCAAGUACAAUAAAUUUAAAUUUAAAAUAUUAAUUUUAAUUAUUAUUUCUAUUUAAUAGUUUUAUUAUUACAUUUAAAUUUUAAAUAUUGUAAAUUUAAAAUUGUAAUAUGUAUUUUUUUUUUUUGUAUUUACGCGAGUACAAGUAUUUAGUGUUAGACUCAGGGGAAAUUAUUGAUAUAAAAAAAAUUGUUAAAUUUCAUUAUAAAUAAGUGUAAAUUUAUCAAACAUUUAGAUUAAUUAUCAUAUUAAUGUAUGGCGUACUAGUAUUAGAAACUAUAAAUAAAAUAUUAGUAAAUAGUUUUUUUUUCAAUA